UAUGUCAUUUAGCAGCGUGCACUUUGGAAGAAUCUGGCUUAUACAGAAAGAAAGAAGCGUGUUUCUCGAUAACUUUGCACAUCAAAAAAGAAUUACGUUCCGUAGCUAGGAAAGUUUUAUUCGCUGUUGCGCCAGUAACGCAUGACUUAAUUCAAAUUUUUCUUCGGGCAAGGUUAAAAAUUUGAAUCGCAAAUUAUUUUGAGCAUCGUGUCAACUGUACUACGAAAGCAGGCACUCAGCUAGCCGUUUAUAUCUUCAACUUUUUUCGUUAUGGCAGAUCCUAUCCAAGUAUUAAAGCAGCCACAUGUUAUAUGUCGUCUUGUUUCUAUACUCUUUGCUAUUAUUGUGUUUGGCUGCAUUUCUGACAAAGGAAAGGCAAAAUUGUUUUGGUAUAGUGAUAAGGAAUGUGUGUACGACGGCGACAGUAGUGCUUGUAAUUAUGGAAUAGCAAUUGGUGUUAUUGCAUUCAUUGCCUGUCUAAUAUUCCUUGCACUUGAUUAUUUCAUGGAUGCUAUUACAAACAUGGAAGUAAAGAAGUACAUUUACUUGGGAGACUUGCUCUUUUCUGGUCUCUGGGCGUUCCUGUGGUUUGUAGGCUUUUGUUAUCUUACUGACAAGUGGAGAAAGCAAAAUGACAAGGGCGAGUUCCCAUCACAUGUGAAAAAUAAUGCUCAGGCAGCGAUUGCUUUUAGCUUUUUCUCAAUUUUAUCUUGGGGUUUUCAAACAUUUUUGGCAUUCAGAAGAGUUCACGAUGGUGGCAACAACUUUGAGUUUGGAGGACACAGUCGACAACCAUAUGAAAAUUCACCAUACUCUUCAUUCCCAGAUCAACCCAACGAUGACGAUAAUUAUCAAGGGAAACCAUUUGAACAAUCUGGUGAUCAAUCUGGGGAAUAUAGACCACCCACUUACUGAUUUGUAACCUCUGCCACAACUAUUGCAAUCGACUUUAUUUAACAUUAGUAUUUCUCUAAAAAACAUACACAUUUGUAUGAAGUGUACGGUCAAAGCUCGCCAUAAGUCUUUCACUUUUAAGGGUUGAAAGUGUUUAAAUUAAAGUAAUCAUUGGAAAUAGUUGAAUUUACUGUUCCUUCAUAAUAUACAUUCAAAUGACGACAUUUAAAGUGAUCUGUGUGCUGGGUUCAUUUAAUAAAUAAAUGAAUAAACCGAUAAA